CCUAUUUCACAUUGUCGUCUACUAUCGCCGUACAGAGACAAUUUUUGUGAUAAUGAAUAACACAGUUCAGCACAAUUCGACCAUAUUUGGUUUCUUGAAUGUAUAGCCAGUUUAAUUAAUGGGACACUGAAGGCACAAACUUGGGAUUUUCUGGCUGCUGUGGCACUAAUUCUUCAAAGAGAAAAAUCUCAAAGGAUCAGCAUUAUAACACUGGUGAAGAUAAGAAAGUAAUUGGCAGAGAAAUGGAGAGCACACUGAAGGCCUUGAGAGAUGGAGAGUCGGUGUUGGACCUCAGCCCAAGAUCCACCGUCAGUGGCGGCGUUGAGGACAUCUACGGCGAGGAUCGCGCCACCGAGGAUCAACUUGUUACCCCAUGGAUUUUCUCGGUUGCCAGUGGGUACUCUUUGCUACGAGAUCCACAGUACAACAAAGGGCUAUCUUUCACUGAGAAAGAGAGGGAUGCACACUAUUUGCGUGGGCUCCUGCCUCCCACAGUCAGCACUCAGCAACUUCAGGAGAAGAAACUGAUGAACAGCAUCAGGCAAUAUCAGGUUCCCUUGCAAAAGUACGUGGCCAUGAUGGACCUUCAGGAGAGGAAUGAAAGGCUAUUUUACAAACUUCUCAUUGAUAAUGUUGAGGAAUUGCUCCCUGUUGUAUAUACUCCUACCGUUGGUGAGGCUUGCCAGAAAUAUGGGAGCAUAUUCAGGCGUCCUCAGGGUCUUUACAUUAGUUUGAAAGAGAAGGGUAAAAUCCUUGAGGUUUUAAAAAAUUGGCCUGAGAGGAGUAUUCAAGUUAUUGUUGUAACCGACGGUGAGCGGAUUUUGGGACUUGGGGAUCUUGGAUGUCAGGGGAUGGGAAUUCCUGUUGGUAAAUUGGCUUUGUACACAGCACUAGGAGGAGUUCGUCCUUCAGCAUGUUUGCCUAUUACUAUCGAUGUGGGGACAAACAAUGAGAAAUUAUUGAAUGAUGAAUUCUACAUUGGGCUUAGACAAAGGAGGGCAACUGGGCAGGAAUAUUAUGACCUUAUGCAUGAGUUUAUGACUGCUGUGAAGCAAAACUACGGGGAAAAAGUCCUUGUACAGUUUGAAGACUUUGCAAAUCACAAUGCUUUUGAGUUACUUGCUAAAUAUGGGACAACUCAUCUCGUUUUCAAUGACGAUAUACAGGGGACUGCAUCUGUUGUUCUAGCUGGAGUUGUAGCAGCCCUAAAACUCAUUGGUGGUACAUUGCCUGAGCACACAUUCCUCUUCCUUGGUGCUGGAGAAGCAGGAACUGGUAUAGCCGAGCUAAUAGCUCUUGAGAUGUCAAAGCAGACUAAGGCACCCAUAGAAGAGAGUCGCAAGAAGAUAUGGCUUGUAGACUCAAAGGGUUUAAUUGUUAGUUCACGAAAGAAUUCACUUCAACACUUCAAGAAGCCUUGGGCUCAUGAACAUGAGCCUGUUAACAGUCUCCUAGAGGCAGUCAAGGUGAUCAAGCCAACAGUUUUGAUUGGAUCAUCAGGAGUGGGAAGAACAUUUACAAAGGAAGUAGUUGAGGCUAUGACUUCAAACAAUGAUAAACCUCUCAUUCUGGCUCUCUCCAAUCCUACCUCACAGUCUGAGUGUACAGCCGAAGAGGCUUACCAGUGGAGUGAGGGUCGUGCAAUUUUUGCUAGUGGGAGUCCAUUUGAUCCUGUUGAAUACAAGGGCAAAGUUUAUGCUUCUGGCCAGGCCAACAAUGCUUACAUUUUCCCUGGCUUUGGUUUGGGUUUAGUAAUCUCAGGAGCAAUUCGAGUACAUGACGAUAUGCUUCUAGCAGCUUCGGAAUCCUUGGCUAAACAAGUGAGUGAGGAGAACUACAAAAAUGGCUUGAUUUACCCACCAUUCUCUAAUAUCAGAAGAAUUUCGGCUAAUAUAGCUGCAAAUGUUGCUGCCAAGGCAUACGAACUGGGCUUGGCUACCCGUCUUCCUCGUCCUCAGAAUCUUGUGAAGUGUGCUGAGAGUUGCAUGUAUACUCCCGUAUACCGCAACUAUAGGUGAAUGAGGCGGCUUCUGGCUCUAACAAGGAUGUGUUUCGUGUAUGGUGUCUUAUUGUGCUUUUAUGCACAUUCACGAAUAAACAAUUUUAUGCUUCAACCAGUGUUUUUCUAUUAUGAAAUCCUUAUUUCAUCUAAUGUUACUUAUGUCGAUGACAAUGGUUAUUAAAAUCCAUAAUAGCUCAAGUCGUUUCAUUUGCCCUGGCUGACUUUGGUUUGUUUUAACCAAUUGCACCAUGUACUUGUAAUAAGUUAGUAAUAUAUAUCUCAAAUCUAUCUAUCCGAAUAGUUCAUAAUUGUUGUUGUAUAAUUAAAUUUGAUAACUGUAUCUGUUUGGAGA